UCCAAUCAAACCAACCGACACUUUGAAGAAUUUUUCUACAUUCUAACUGGAAUAAUCCAAUUUUUUUGAUAGGGGAUCCGUGUCAUUUCGGACGAAUAUGAUACCUAUAAGCAAAUUCAAAUAAAAAGCAUUCGAUGUCAAAACAUUUGAUACAACCUUCGUGUUAUACUGUGUCUUGCAAAUUUGUCGAAAAAAUAUAUCAGUGCAAAUCAUAAAUGCUACACCUGCUCUCACUAACAUCCCUCUCGGAGGUGUAUCUAGUUUAAGCUGCAGAAAACUGGCAAAAUGGCGGCUGUGAAAUGGAUGGAGGACGAAAGCGAACAAUAAUCUACUGUAACAACUAACUUGCUUAUUUCUACGUUCUCGACAUUGGAGAGCUUAACCCUAUUCAAAAUGUGGAUCCUUGUGACCAGUCAAGGCACCCGCAUUUCCCAGAAUAUGAGUAUUAUGUAAUCAGAUAAUUGUCGGCAACAAACUCCCACAGGGGCAUCUGCAUCUCCGAUACUACUGCUAUCUGCCAUUACUUGUGUCUUUUGACCUGCAUCAAGAUGCGUCUUCAGAAAGAUAAGCACACAAUGAUGAUGCGCAAAUGCACUUCCUGGACAACACAACAAGUAACACAAGGGCGAAGUAGCACAAGGUGGGUUUCAGGAAAGCAUUGGGAGAUGCAGAUGAAUUUUUGGUGCAGGCUGCUUUCUCAGCUGCAUUUCAGUCAUCCCUCAGCAUGAGAAUAACCUGCAGAAAUGGCUGAUUUGAAACAGUAUGUGAAAGAGGAGACUAAUAUGGACUCAAAGGCUGACAGGCCGGACAUCACUCAGGAAUCAUUAAAGAAUCAGACGUCCUCUCCGAAGAACAAUACUUCAAGUCUGCCGGCGCAGCUGUCCUCGGACAGCCGCGAGGAAGCCGCGAGCGGAGCCCAGCCGACUCCAUUUGUACACACCGGCGUCCCGGCGGUUCCCCGCGCAGGCGACGCAUUGCCUACAGGAGCACUUGUUAAUGGACCUGCUUCACACCCCACCUCAGAUGAGCCCAGCGCCCCGAACAAAGGCGGCGUUUCGCCGCGCAAGGCCCCGCCCGCCGAGAGCGCCGGGAGGCUCUCCAGCCCCCGGGCGCCGGACCCGCCCGGCGCGCUCCGGCCAGACGCUCUGAAAAACGCGGCGGGGCCCUUCCCAGAUACGCCGCCGGGGCGGCCCGGCGCCAUCGGCAACAGAUCCGAAGCGCUUAGGGGCGGACCGCCGUCCAGGAAGAGUGGGAACGAAGCGCCAACCGGCCAGACGGGGGCGGGAUGCGUGACUAGCGGCCGGACGAUGUGGGACUUCCAAACGGAGUCUUCGGAGAACUCCUCGGAUGAUUGUGGUCCGGGCUGGGGCCCCCGGAAGAGAUUCGCACGGCGCCUGUGGAUUGACUGCCGCGGGGAGGAAGAUGAGGAGGAGGAGGGUUCUGCGAAAAAGGCCGAAACUGUGCCUCUGUCCGUCAGCCAAAGGUGGAGAAAACGCAAGGUGGACACGGCAGAAGUGCCGGGCCUGAGUCCCGCCUCCAAAACCUUGCAGUCCAAUGAGUGCCCCUCAUCCAAUAAUGGAGUGCUUUCCUUCAGGAGAAAGCCUGGCUUACAGUCCUCCAUGGAUUCGAGCGAAACUGUAGUGGCCAUCAAGCAGCUCAUCGCACGCGCCCCAGCAAAAAAGAACUUCGACGGCAACGGCUUCAGCCAGGCGGACGGUUUCUCCUUGGCGGGCGGAAAAUUUAUGCAGCCGAAAACCGAGUCGUCGACAGGCUCGGGCUCAGAAGAAGAGCCCUCCUUUUUCCCGUGCACAAAGUGCAACGUUAAUUUUGAGGAGAAAAGGCAUUUGCACAGGCACAUGAUGUAUCAUUUAGACGGGCAUAAUCAGGCUCGUCACGUAAACGCUCCGCAGCCCUUCAUCUGCAAGGAGUGCGGGCGCUCGUUCCGCGACCGCGGCUCCCUGCUGAAGCACAUGACCAUCCACCAGGAGAGACGCGAGAAGCUCAUGGAGGAGAUCAAGGGGCUGAGCGAGCUUCAGGACGAAGGCCGGGCCGCGGGGCUGCAGUGCCCCCAGUGCGUUUUCGGAACCAGCUGCCCCAAGACGUUCGUCCAGCACGCCAAGACGCACGAGAAGGACAAAAGGCGCCACGCGGCCGCGGCCGAGCGCGAGCCGGAGACUCACCCGCGCGCCGCCCACCGCGUCGCGUGCGCGCCCAGGUACGCGCCGGCGAGGGGGACGCUCGCGUUCGAGAAGAACGAGGCGCGCGUUCCCAUCUUCUUCUCCUGCAGAGUGUGCCCUUUCAGCGCUCAAAGCGAAAGCACUCUGGUGAAGCACGUCGAGCUCGCACACCGGCAGCUGUACGCAAGCGAUUUUGAAAGGCCGUCCUAUGAUGAAACGAAUGACUACACGUUUCAGCCACAGUUUCCUAGAGAAUCCCAAAAAGCAGAUUCACAAAGGCUGCAGCUGAGUCCAAAGUUUUGUAUACAAAGACAGGCUUUCAGGAAAAGAGCAGAGUUGCCCUUUUGGUCUGACCUGUUCAUAAAAAGUAAAUCCACACAGAAAGCUCGCAAAGGUUUCGCCUCCUCGCCGUCCAGAUGGAGUCUCGGCAAUUCGACAAACAAGCUGUCACCGUUCUCCAGACAAAGUGACAAGCCAAGCAAAUUAUCUCUUCAGCCGGCUGAAAAAAUAGACGUAACAACAGGUCUUCCAUAUGACGAGGACUGCAAGAACGACCAAGAAUUUGGAAGCAUGUUUUCAGGAAAUGCAGAGAUGCCAAAAUCUAUCUUAAGCUGCUACAAGCCACUUGUACCCAAAAUGGAGUCUAGCUCCACUUACUACGUGGGCUAUGAUUCUGACAAUGGCAGAGGGGAUAACGAGGAGCCAGACAGCAGUCGUUUAACCACGCCGCCUGUCACAAAAAAGUCUCCCUCCAAAAGGAAAAUGUCCACCCCGUAUCACAACACCACAGACAGAACAACUCACGUAAUAUUAUCCAAACAUGAGCACGCUGCGAAGAGGCACAUUUCUGAGGACAGCUGCGAGGACACCUACGAUUUCAGCGACUACACCAGCGAAGCCACCGCCAACUUCCUGGACUGCAGCGAAAACGAACAGAACCCCUACGCCCGCAGCUACUUCAUACGGAGGCAGAGGGGCCCCAUCAAGAAGAGCCGCGGCCCGUCGGCGGACAUGUUCGAGAGGCACUGCGAGGAGAGGGGCCGCAGCGAAAUCCAGCGGUUCACGGUAAAGGAGGAGUGCGUGGAAGUCGCCCUGGGGCCCCCCGAGUCUGCGUCGGGUCCCCAGAUGAUCGACUCCCCGGACUUCGACGCGUCCCUGUUCGGCGCGGAGCGGAGGUCCUGUCCGUACUGCCCUGCCAUGUUCGAGUCCGGGGUGGGCUUGUCCAAUCACGUCCGCGGACACCUGCACAGGGUGGGACUGAGCUACGACGCCCGUCACGUGGUGACGCCCGAGCAGGUGGCCUCCCGCGACCGCACGCUGCGCGUUCGCAAGAAGGCCCCGCCCACAUCCCGACGAAUCAAGAAAGCAGAAAAGCAGGAGUCGCAGAUGGAACACACUUGUCCCCUGUGCGGGGGGUGGUUUGACACCAAGACCGGGCUCUCAAAUCACGUGCGCGGCCACCUUAAGCGAAUCGGGAAGACGAUCUCGAGCACGAGCAAAUCCCCGGUGUGCAUUCUCAACGAGAUGAUGAAGGACGAGGAGGAGCACCAGAACAUUCUGCAGGUGCUCAACAAGAAGCGCUUCCUCUCCAGGCCUUUCGUUUCCCAAAAGUUUGCCAGCAGCGACGGCCUGUUCCUCACCCCGACCGGGAUCCCAGUCAAGAUCCAGCACGCCGGCCAAGACGGCAAACCGUGGGGCCCGAGCGUGCCGCGACCGGACAAGGAGGGCCUGGAGAAGCCUGAACUCGCGGCGAGGGGGCCCCCCUCAAGUUCUUUGAUAGAGCUGCUCGAGAAGAAGAAGCUAGUCGAGGAGCUCGAGCUAAAGAACUGCUCCCAAAGCAUCAGGAAGCACUUCACAAUGUCCCUUCCGAAUCAGAGCAGUGCUGGAACAGGAGUCAUCGGCUGGCCGCAAGAGAAAAGUGAAAUAACCAAGAAAGUGUGCCUGCACUGUAACGCGACCUUCCCGAGCGCAGUCAGCCUGUCCAAUCACCUGCGAGCGUACGCGCGGCGGAAGAGAGCGGCCUUGCUGGAAGGAACGAGUUAUGACUGUAAACAGAAGAAGCCGAGAUCGAGGCCCGGGCCUAAGAAGAAGAUAUUUGCACUGCCGCACUCGGCCGACGAGAUCUACAGGCUCACCUGCAGGUUCUGCGACCUAGUCUUCCAGGGUCCCCUGUCCGUGCAGGAGGACUGGAUCAAGCACUUACAGCGGCACAUCAUGAACGCCAGUGUCCCGUGCACGGGGGCGGGCAUGGUGGAGGUGACCGCCCUGCCUGCGGAACCCCCCUCCACGCCCGAGGAGACAGCGCCCCCGCUGGUGCCACAGGCAGCAUCCUAAGCCAAGGAACGCACUUUAGUUCAUUGACUCACUAUUUCACUUUAAGUCAACUGUACAUAUGUAAACAUAAAUGCAUAUAAAUAUAUAGAGAGAUCAUUUUCUUAUUGUGUAUACAUGGCUCCCCUUCCCCAUUUUUUAUAUCGCUGCCCUCUAAAAAGUGCAAACUGUGUGAUUGACUGUAGUUAAAACUCAUUGAUGGUGCAUCAAAGACAAUGACACAUACACCAGAUAGUCUAUAUAUCUGUGUGUAGCAUUUGAAAUGCAGUGUUGCAAUAUAUAGGAUAUAUAGUAAGAUAUAUUAUAUAUGUCUUACUGGGGUCCAUUUUAUGAUUCCGAUAUAGGUAAUUUUAUUUGUUUCCAUUGCCAAUGCCAACCCACUACCACAAAAUGCAACUCUCAUACCUCAGACUGUGUCAGAUACUUUGUCCAUUAGGUCAAGAGUGGUGUAUGGCAGCUACGCUAAUUAGCUUCCAUCCAUAGAGUCUACAGUUGUACAGUUCAACAGUGAACGUCCUGGCUAACUUAUUUAUUGUCAGGCAAUGUACACUUUUGCCUGGUAGGCUUUUUAAUUAUGCUUAUCAAGAUUAAGCUCACAAACUCACUUUUUAUCAUCAAUUACACAGAGAUAUUCAUCUUUGUAACCAGAAUCACCAUGCCGAUAAGCAUCAGUUUCAUUUUCUAUACAAAUUACUUGAAUAAAAGUGCAGUGAACAUUUGCCAAUGGAACAGCCAUUUCUAACUCUUACCAGUAGCCUCUCAAUAUCACGCAAUAUAAAGUUUAUGACUUACAUGUAUUUCUGUAGUAUUUAUUACUUAUUGAAGCUCAUAAAUAUGUAGUAUUUAUGUUUAAUUCUGUAACUACUGCAGUAACUGACUCAUAAUGAAAAACGUAUAGAACCAGAUUUAACAUUCAGCAAGGUGUUUUAAUUGCUCAUUUUAGUGUAAACCAUAUGGAUAUGGUGCUGAAAACUUAUAUAUGGUAUGACUCGUAAAUGUCUGAAAGGGCUCCAAGGGAGGUGCUUUGAAAUUGAUUUGUUGGAUCUACCAAUCUUGCAUAAGUCAGAUUUUGUAACGGGCAUCUUUUUUGUAUGUCCAUGGUAUAUCUUAACCCUUUCUUUUGGGGUUCAUUUGCAAAAAUAUACCUUUUCCAGGACACUCAGUAUAUAUAUUUCUCCACUCGCAAAAGCUAUGUUUGUUAAAACUAUAUAAUUGUAAAAUGAAUACUUCAACCAAAACUCCCUUGGUGUCCUGGAAGGAUCUGUUUUACUAAUCCUGGUUAAAAUGUAUGUUUCUUUGCACAAAAUGCCACAAAAUCUAGGCAGGCAUCUAUAUUUGAGUUUUCGAUGUAUUGUAUACAAGAUAUUCUUUCAGAUUCUUGCUGUAGAUAUAGCAACUUAUGGUAAAAUAAAAUAAGGAAUAUACUCUUCUUUUUAUUUGACUGCAUAUGUUUUUAUCUAUUUGCAAGACAGUGCAAAAAAGACAGCUUGGUUCAUCCCUCAUGGUGAAAUUAUCCAGACAACAUAUGAAAUAUUGGAAGAAUAAACCUUUGCGAGAAUCCA